UACAUAAUUUGACUUUGUAAAUUUUACUUAAUAUUAUGUCUGUACUCAUUCUCCUGAUGUUUUGUUAUUCAGUUUCCAAGGAUUGAUUUUGAGGAGAUUCAGAAAUGGCCUCUGCAAUAGUUCGUAGGAACAUCACAAACAACUUGAAAAGGCUCCCUUUUUUGUCUUCAUGUCGUUUGAAGAAACAACACUUAUUCAAUGUUGAAGAUGGAACAGUUUCCAUUCAUACAGAUGCUGUUCUUGGUGUUGGAUUGCCAUCUUACAUGCGUGGAGCUGUUUAUAGGGAACCCAACAAACCUCUCACCAUUGAAGAAUUCCAUAUUCCUCGCCCUAAAGCCGGUGAACUUCUCAUCAAAACUAAGGGAUGUGGAGUAUGCCACUCUGAUCUUCAUGUCAUGAAAGGCGAAAUUCCGUUUUCUAGUCCUUGUGUUGUGGGGCAUGAGAUUACUGGUGAAGUUGUUGAACACGGAGCUCUCACCGAUGCUAGAACCAUAGAAAGGCUUCCAGUUGGAUCUCGAGUUGUUGGGGCCUUCAUCAUGCCUUGUGGCAACUGUUCAUAUUGUUCAAAGGGUCAUGAUGAUCUGUGUGAAGAUUUUUUUGCUUAUAACCGGGCAAAAGGCACCCUCUACGAUGGUGAAACUCGACUAUUUCUUCGAAGCAGUGGAAAACCAGUGUUCAUGUAUAGUAUGGGAGGGCUUGCUGAAUACUGUGUUGUGCCAGCAAAUGCAUUGGCUGUAUUACCAGAGUCAAUGCCAUAUACCGAGUCUGCAAUUCUAGGAUGUGCUGUUUUUACUGCUUACGGUGCUAUGGCCCAUGCGGCUGAAGUGCGUCCGGGUGAUACUGUUGCUGUUAUUGGAACAGGGGGUGUUGGUUCUAGUUGUUUGCAGAUAGCUAGAGCAUUUGGUGCCUCAGAUAUAAUUGCUGUCGAUAUUCAGGAUGAAAAGCUACAGAAAGCAAAGGCACUUGGUGCUACUCACACGAUAAAUUCGGCAAAGGAAGAUCCCAUUGAAAAGAUACUUGAAAUUACCGGUGGAAAGGGCGUCGAUGUUGCUGUGGAAGCCUUGGGGAGACCACAGACAUUUGCUCAGUGCACACAAAGUGUGAAGGAUGGAGGAAAAGCCGUGAUGGUUGGACUGGCACAAGCUGGUUCUUUAGGAGAGGUGGAUAUAAAUAGACUGGUUCGCAGAAAGAUAAAAGUUAUUGGCUCAUAUGGAGGCAGAGCUAGGCAAGAUCUUCCAAAGUUAAUUAGAUUGGCAGAAACAGGUAUCUUCGACCUUGGCCAUGCUGUUUCGAGAAAAUACACUUUUGAGGAGUCUGGCAAAGCAUUCCAGGAUCUCAACGAUGGAAAAAUCAUCGGUCGAGCUGUAAUCGAGAUAGUAUAAUAUUCCUGGCAAUGCUUUUGUGCAACCACAACUAUGUGUCUGUUUCACACAUUGAAUUGGAGUUGCAAAGGUGUUGGUGCCCUGAGAACACAUAUAGAGAUGUCUUGUAUUCGAAUGUGUUGUCUGUCCUGAUAAAAUAACUGAUUGCAGGGAAUUUUCAAAUAAAAACUCUUUCAAUUUGUAUGUGACUCAUGCAGUGAUGAAAGACUUAUCAUUGCAAUUUGGCAUGUCAUAGAAGAGAUUGAAAAAGAAGCAAAAAAAAGAAGUUUAAGAACUAA